AUGCUUAAUUUGGCAAAAUUGGUUGCAACUUUUGUUGCAUUAUUUCAACUUACAAAUGCCUUGCAUUUCUAUGUGAGGACCGGCGAAACUAAAUGUUUCUUUGAAGAAUUGCAACAAGACACCCUUGUGGUGGGAAGAAUCGACGCUUAUGAAAAGGACGAGCAUUCAAAUGAGUAUUCCAAGAACGGUAGAUUGAAAGUUCAAAUCACAAUUGACGAAACAUUUGACAACAACCACAGAGUUAUUGAUCAGAAAUCAUCACCCAGCGGAGAAUUCACAUUCACUUCCUUAGAUUCAGGAGAACACAAGUUUUGCUUGACCCCUGUGUAUUCCGACAAUACUCACAAUAAAGUUCAUCGUAUAUUCUUUGAUGUUGUGCAAGGGUCUACACACGACUACGUUGACUCUAAAUCCACGAAACUGGUUGACGAUUUAACAGCAAGAGUUAAUGGAUUGUAUGAAAAAUUGGACAAGAUUCAUUGGGAACAGGAAACUAUGAGAGAAAGAGAAGCUUUGUUUAGAGAUCAAAGUGAAUCCACAAAUUCAAGAGUUGUGAAAUGGUCGAUUAUGAGAUUCUCCAUUUUCUCUGCAAAGAUGACAACCGAAGACGACUUACGUCGUAAAAUAGAGUUGCUAGAGCUAGAAAAUGAACGACUAAAGAAAACUUCAUCAGAAGGAACUCAUCCGUACUCCAAAGUGGAUGGCUGGUUCAGCCUUGAUGAGUAUAAAAGGUAUGGCAGACAAAUGAUUGUUCCAGAAUUCGGGUCAUUGGAGUCUCAAAAGAAACUCAAACUGUCGAAGGUGCUAGUUGUGGGUACAGGAGGUUUAGGGUCUCCUGCAUUGGAAUACCUUUCGGCGGCAGGAGUUGGCACGAUAGGGAUAGUUGAUGAUGAUGUUGUGGACACAAGUAAUCUACAUCGUCAAGUUAUACAUCAAACUGGAGCUGUGGGAACUUACAAGUGUGAAUCUGCUCGAUAUUUCAUCACGAGAAUCAACCCACAUGUACAAAUCACUACAUAUCCUAUAAGAUUGAGCAACGAUAAUGCAUUCGAAGUGAUCAGCAAGUAUGAUUUGGUUCUUGAUUGCACUGACCACCCGGCUGUAAGAUACCUCAUCAAUGAUGUCUGUGUUAUUCUAGGGAAGACUAUUGUGAGCGGGUCCGGGCUCAAAUCAGAUGGACAAUUUACAAUCCUAAAUUUUGAGAACGAGGGACCUUGUUAUCGAUGUUUUUACCCUCAACCACCAAGCCCUAGUUCAGUUACGUCAUGUGCCGAUGGCGGUGUCAUUGGGCCAGCGAUUGGAAUGGUCGGGGUUGCCAUGGCAAUGGAAACAAUAAAAAUCAUAACCCGAUACUACACUAAAAAGAAUUUCAGUCCAUUUCUUUCCUCAUAUUCUGCUUACCCGUAUCAACAAAUCAGGCGGUUUAAAAUGAGACCACGGCAACAAAAUUGUCUCGUGUGUGGUGCUAACAAGGAAGUGACUAAAGAGAAGAUUGAAAGUGGGCAGAUUGACUACGUUAGCUUCUGUGGCAAGGUUAUUUACGAGCCAUUAGAGCAAGAAUACAGAAUAUCAGUAGCAGACUACAAUGCCUUACUGAAAACCGACAGCGAUCAUACAAAUAUUCGUUAG